UCCAUACCAGAACCUUCCACUACCGUUAAAAGGGAGAAGAGAAGCCCCUCCAUAUUAGCGUAUUCUCUGUCCUCUCAAAUUUAGGGUUUAUACUUUAUACAGUCUUGUCCCUCUUCCUCUCUCUGGCGAUCAGAGAAAAUCGAAUAUACAAACGCUCCCUCCAUUUCAACACCUCUCUCUCUCACUUGCAAAUGGCUAUCUCCGAUUCCUCUCGACAAUAUCUGAUCCCAAGCUUUCUUUACUCUUCUUCCUCAGCAAAGUCUUUCUCUCUUGAAAAAUGGCUUCACACAGACCAUAACUCUAACAUCGAGGUUCCGUCACCUUCCUCGAGCAAGAGCCACUUCAUAGUCCCCGCACCAAGUGAGCCUGGCAAGAUCGAGAUGUACUCUCCAGCUUUCUAUGCGGCCUGUACUGUCGGCGGGAUUCUUAGUUGUGGAUUAACUCACAUGGCUGUUACUCCUCUUGAUCUCGUCAAGUGUAAUAUGCAGAUUGACCCUGCAAAGUACAAGAGCAUCUCAUCCGGUUUUGGAGUAUUGCUCAAGGAGCAGGGAUUAAGAGGUUUCUUUAGGGGUUGGGUGCCUACCCUUCUUGGCUACAGUGCUCAAGGAGCCUGCAAGUUUGGAUUCUAUGAGUUUUUCAAGAAGUAUUACUCUGAUAUUGUGGGACCUAAGUACGCUGCCAAGUACAAGACCUUGAUUUACCUUGCUGGCUCUGCAUCUGCUGAGGUGAUUGCUGAUAUUGCUCUUUGCCCCUUUGAGGCUGUAAAGGUUCGCGUUCAAACUCAGCCUGGUUUUGCUAGAGGUCUUUCGGAUGGACUUCCCAAGUUUGUGAAAUCUGAGGGGGUUCUAGGGUUGUACAAAGGCCUUGUUCCACUUUGGGGGCGCCAGAUUCCAUAUACAAUGAUGAAAUUUGCAUCAUUUGAGACAAUUGUAGAGCUGAUCUACAAACAUGCCAUCCCCACGCCAAAGGACCAAUGUAGCAAGCCCCUGCAACUUGGCGUCAGUUUUGCUGGUGGUUAUGUUGCCGGUGUUUUAUGUGCAAUUGUGUCGCAUCCUGCUGAUAAUCUCGUCUCCUUCCUUAACAACGCCAAAGGAGCAACGGUUGGUGAUGCUGUAAAGAAGCUAGGUUUGUGGGGUCUAUUUACACGAGGACUUCCUCUCCGCAUAGUCAUGAUUGGUACUCUCACUGGAGCUCAAUGGGGUAUCUAUGAUGCAUUCAAAGUCUUUGUGGGACUGCCGACCACUGGUGGUGUCGCCCCUGCCGCUGCCCCUGAUGCAGCUACUCUGGCAAAGGUGUAAAGCAAACACAAUUACUUUUCUCCCUUUCGGGAACCUUUACAUUUCCCCAUAGGAUUAAUAAACAAGGGAAUGUUGAAAGCUUUUUCAACGAACAUAAGCUAGUGAAGCUUUGACUUUAGCAAUUGGAGCUUUUGAGGAUGGUUUCUCCUUUCA